CUCUGGUUGUCUGAAAACGUGGUGCUGACCGAAACGGAACCUCUCGCCACACAGCCAGUCACAUACGUUUCUCGCGCUCCCCUCUCCUUCAUUUUGUGUGCGCAGUCACCACAUUCCUAACUUCUGCGCAUGUUUCCUCGCGUUCCGUUUCUGAAGCACACCACAAUACAACUUUGGACUCACCGGUAUCUUGCUGCAGAUACGCCAUUGUUAGCGAGGAAGGCGUUUGGUCUGUUUGCUGCCGGUGUCUACGGCAUUUUUUGGGAGUUUAUUCUGUUAAUUAUUUGGAAGAAAGAGGUUGUUGGCGAAAUGGCUUCUGAACAACAGUUCUGUCUUCGAUGGAAUAAUCACCAGAGUACUUUAGUGGCGGUUUUUGAUACGUUACUAGAAAGCGGAACUUUAGUGGAUUGUACACUCGCCGCUGAAGGCCAGUACCUGAAAGCCCACAAGGUUGUCUUGUCGGCGUGUAGUCCAUAUUUCGAGUUGCUGUUGAGUCAGCACAAUGAGAAGCAUCCUAUAGUCAUACUUAAAGAUGUGAAAUUUCAAGAGUUGAAGGCAAUGAUGGACUAUAUGUAUAGGGGUGAAGUGAACAUAUCUCAGGAUCAGCUGGGGGCUCUUUUAAAGGCUGCAGAAUCUCUACAAAUAAAAGGCCUCUCGGACAGUGGGGGUGGCAAUGAAAGAGAAACAAGUGAUCGUAGGCAUAGUCGUAAGGAGGUUGCCCCUCAGCCACCUCAAGCCCGAUCCCCUCCAUUGCCUCAUUCCACUGGUCUCACAAUUGAGCAUCGACGAAGUGCCCAACAAGCUGCUCCACCUGUUGUUGAGUUGCCAGAAGACAGUCCACCUGGUACUGGUCCCCAUAUUGGAGGCUCGAGGGAAGGCAGUGUCUCGCCCAUUCCACGGAAACGCAAGAGGCAUCGCAGACGCUCUAGUACCGGGGAGGAAGGUGCUCAGGGACUCUUGCCAAUGACUGAUUCCCAUGACCAGACAAGUAGUUCUUGUGAGCUUCCUCCUCAAAGUCAGCCAGCUCCUGCCGCCAAUAUUCCUGCUAUAAUCUCACCAGUAGUGCCCACUCCCUCCGCAAUUAGUAGAGCAGCUAGUGACCCUCUUUCUAUUGGACCUGAGGAACAGACUGAACCAGAAUUGAAAAGGUCAUCCAUACCUUCCUCGCAACCUAACAUCUCAGCAGAAGUUUUACCUCCGGACCCUGAACCUGUACAGAAAUUAGAACCUCCGUCUGAAAUAUUGCUGGAACCAAAGUCUGAGUACCUGGAUGAUACUAUGAACGAGGACAGUGUGGAAAAUUUGACAACGCUGGACGAUGUUGAUGACAUGGACGACGCGAGGCCUGGCCCAUCUCAUGGUGGCGAAGGCUCAAGUAAUCAGGGUUCAGGCUUCGCACCUUGGCAUGUGAGAGCUACGGAACGGACAACGGAUGAAGUGUUCAUGGCUGCACAGGAGGCUGUAGGUGCUCAUCGAGAUUCACAAGGCUGUGAUGCUGGUUUCGUCGUGCCAUACUCACAGAUGAGGACAAAGGUGCCAGUUCUUAGUUCCUCCACAAGUCAAGGCAGGAUUGUUUGUAAUCAUUGCCAGAGAAUUUUCUGCAACCGAAAUGCUCUUCGGCGUCAUUUGCGUCAUAAUAAUUCAGACAAUAUAUCUCCCAUCCACCAACACAAUUUUAUUGUUGAAGAAAAGAAGAUUGAGAAUUUUAAUAUGUUCAACAGGCCAUGGAUAGGUGUGCUGUCUAUGUGUCCACAAUGUGGGCGUGCCUAUCGCCGCCGUGACACCAUGCUACGGCAUCUGGCACGUGAGUGCCAGCGUGAUCCUCAACUAGCGUGUGUUGUGUGCUCACGGCGUUUCUAUCAUGAACAUCAUCGACAGAAUCACAUGCGUCGUGUACAUGGACUGGAUGCGCUGGCAUUUACUCUCAGUGCAACUGCUGUCUUGCAGCCUUCACCACACACAUCACCACAGCUGCUCUAGUCUCAAUAAAUGCAGCUUCAUCAAAAUUUUUGUAUUUCAUUAAAAUUUCUCUAUCCUCAACUUUAGAGAUAGUCUUGAUUCACCAUGGACCAAGGAAAAUGUGUACUAUUGAAGAAAUCCUUGGGGAACCAGUUGAUUUUGGACCUUUGCUUAUGACUGCUGAGCCCUCUGGAGUAGGAGAGGUUGCUAUUGAUGAGUUUACUUUUGAUGAUGAUGAAUUGUUUGCUGACAAUGUUCAUGAUUUUGAUGCAUCAUCUAACCAAGUUGGUGAUUCUGUUAGGAAUGAAAUUAGACAAGAGUUUCUCUCCUGCCUGCGUAGAAAAUUAAAUGCUGCGUUGACUUCAAGACCAUUGCGAAGGAGUCCAGAGGAUUGUUAGCUGAAGCAAAGGGGAAAUGAACUGUAAUUGUAAUUUGGUACCUUUUGGGGAAUGAUGUAAGAAAAGGAAUAAGUUUAGUGGUGGGGUGCAAUGUCAGGCAUCACACCAGUUAUUGCAGAGGUGCAGAGAUCAUUACAUCCCUUCUGUCCACUGCUCUAUUGUGAUCCCCAACUGCCUCAAUCCUAGGGCCCUGGCGCAACUGCCCCCGCACCGUGACGCAGGGGCAUAUGUUGCAGGGUUGCAGGGGCUGUCAGCUGGUGCUGGCGCCUACUUCCAGUGUCCCAAUUGCUGUAAGCUGUACAAGCACAAGAAGACCAUGAACCGCCACCUGAGGUUGGAGUGUGGCAUUGAACCACAAUUCCGAUGCUUGUUCUGCCCUCAUCGAUCUAAACAGAAGAAUCAUCUAGUAAAACACAUGCGUAGCAAACACAAUGCUCCUUGAAAUAAUUGUUUUUCUUUUUGUUUGUUCUUUGAGUAAUACUGUGUAUUCAUGCUGUUCAAUAAAGUUGUGUUUGAAGAAAUUGCUGUACAUGUUCUUAUAUAUCCUUGCUUCUUAAUAUUUAUUGAGUUGCUUCUAAGUGUCUUUCUUGAUAUAGUUUAUUUUAGGCAGCUGUGGCUUGAUUAUUGCCGGAAAAAUCUUUUGCAAUUUUUUCAUACGUACAUUCAGAACCAUUGUAGCUUAUAUCAGCUACAUGGAUGUUACUGCCAAUUUGUUAUUGCCCUUUCUGCUUUUUCUUCGUGCCAUUUUAGAGAAGAUUCUGAAGAUAAUUGUUGAAGUUAGUCCUUGAACUUCACAUUUUCCAGAUUAAGAAACAUGCAUGUCAUAGGAAUCAUUUCAGUAAAAUGGAAGUUUCAAUUGAUUAGAAGAGGCAUGCUGAUUCAUGCUCUGUUGCAGGGCCAGUGGGUGGCAUGAGUCUGCGCUUCCCCUGCCCAAGAUGCGGCAAGGCUUACAAUCGCAGAGACAACAUGCUGCGUCACAUUCGUGUAGAAUGUGGCAAAGAGCCACAGUGCCAGUGCCCCUUCUGCAACUACCGCACAAAGCACUUUCACAACCUUCGGAAACACUUGAUUGUCAAGCACAGCAUUGUAGCUUCCAGGUGAUCAGGAAGAGGCAGGCUGACCUAUGCUGUGUUGCAGGGAUGGUGAGUGCCAUUGGUCUCCGGUUUGCCUGUGCGUCAUGUGGGAAGGCCUACAAGCACCGAGGGGACUUGCUGCGCCAUGUACGAAUUGAGUGUGGUAAGGAGCCACAGUGUCAAUGUCCAUUCUGCAACUAUCGUACCAAGCAUGCUCACCAUUUGCGAACCCAUGUGGGACGUAAACACUCUAACUGUCUUCUACCGAGGUAGAUCCUGUUAUGUACACCAUAACACGUUCUGUAAAACAGUUGUCUGUGCAAUUGUCCUAUGUGUGAUAUGUAGUUUCUGGUUACUUUGUGCAAUGUCAUACUCUCAAGGUGCCUGAAUUCGAUGUGUAUGUGAUUUGUUCAAUAAAGGAAGUUGAACGAAAGAGUAAAUUAUUGUUACUUAUAUGAACCUCUUUGUCCCUUGCCUUACUUGUCAAUUCAACUGACUCAUACUCUGUUUCAGGGUCAACAGCUGUCAAGAGCAGUUAUCCUUGUUCCAAAUGUGGGAAGUCUUACAGUCGAUGGAGCAAUUUAAUUCGCCACUUACGCUUUGAAUGUGGAAAGGAGCCUCAGUGUCAGUGCCCGUAUUGUAGUUACCGCACAAAUCAUUCAUAUCACUUGCGUACUCAUAUAGUUCGAAGACAUCUCAACAAGUUGACAUGUUAAUUGUGUCAAUUGUAGUGUACAGAACAUACCAUGAUGAUUUUUAUAAAUCUGAAUUGUCUGUCUAGUUAAUAUAUGAUCUUACCUGCAUUCCCGGUGUAUGUUAGCACAGAAAUAAAGAUAAUUGCCAUACAUUUUACUUGAGUUAAAUCUUGAAAUCCUCAUUGCUUGUUGCAUCCUCUGACAUCACAACUGACACAUGUUCUGUUGCAGGAUCUCUUGCUGUGGGAUAUGUAUGGUAUCCCUGCCCAACAUGCGGAAAAUCAUACAAUCGUUGGAGCAAUAUGAUACGACACUUGCGCAUUGAGUGUGGGAAGGAGCCUCAGUGCCAGUGUCCUUUCUGCAGUUAUCGUGCGAAGCACGCUCAUCAUUUGCGGAGGCAUUUACAACGCAAACACUGCAUAGACCCUUCUGCUGCUGCCAUUGAUAAGGCAGUCUGAUGCAUGCUGUGUUGCAGGGCUGGUGAGUGGCUCUGGCUUACGCUUCCCAUGUCCAUCCUGUGGAAAAUCAUACCAUCGUCGAUGUGAUAUGCUGCGCCAUUUGCGAAUCGAGUGCGGCAAGGAUCCACAGUGUCAAUGCCCGUACUGUCACUACCGCACAAAGCGAAAUUCAAAUCUGCUUGUGCAUUUACGACGCAAACAUCCUGGGCAACCAACACUGCGUGUGCUUGGCUGAACUGUAUAGCAGGGUGGAUGUGGUAUGUGGUUUCCCUGUCCAUCAUGUGGGAAGGCAUACAACAGACGGCACAACAUGUUACGACACUGGCGUAUUGAAUGUGGAAAGGAGCCACAGUGCCAGUGUCCAUACUGCAGUUUUCGAACCAAACGCAAUUCAAAUCUUGUUUUGCACCUUCGCCGUAUGCAUGGGGCAGCAAAACAGACUUCUGAGCUAGAUGUGGCAUACUGAUGUAUGCUAUGUUGCAGGACUGGUGGACGACAUUGCGGCACGUUUUCCCUGCCCAUCUUGUACCAGGGAAUACAAACAUCGGCGCAAUUUAAUACGUCAUAUUCGAUUUGAAUGUGGCAAGGAGCCGCAGUUUCAUUGUCCAACUUGCAGUUAUCGUGGCAAACAUCGACAUGCCCUUCUUUCUCAUCUUUGCUCCACAGGACAUGGAGCAAUGUACUGAGAAGGUCUAUUUUGCAUUUUGUGCCAUUUAAUAUUUGGCCAGGUUCGUGUCAACCGACCCAUGUGUAUGUAUAACUGAUAUUAAUGUCAUAUUGACAUUACAUGUGCAAUGACACAAAAUGUACAAUAAUGUUGGAAGUAAAUAAAACAGAAUUGAUUUGUGGAAAAAUCAUUUAGUCAUCUUUGUGAUCUUUCUCAUUUUGUCAUAUUUAGUUUUAUUUAUAUAUUAAUCAAAAUUAAAUUCUAAUUAAUUCAUGUACUCUUGACAUGCAUGUUAGGAAGAGUAGUAAUUCCAUUUUUUUGUCUACAUUGCUUAUCUUCAUAAAUAAAACAACCUUGUAAUAGUUUUCCUUCAUCUUGGUGUUCAUUGCAAUUUGGCAAGUAAUGUGAGAUGACUUAAUACUAAAUGUAUUACAAAAACAUUCCAAAGUAUGUGAAUUUGCCAUUUUACUUGUUCUAAAUACAAUCAGUUGUACUUGAAUGUAAACUGGAUGACCUAAGCAAUAAAGAUAAUUAUUGGUUUGUUGAUCUGGUUCACUCACUUGUUUGUGUAUUUUACUUUUCUCUAUUAUAUUAUUCACCUCUCAUAUGUUGAAGGAAAUCUCUUUUAAUGCUUGCUAAACUAUUUUAAUUCUUUAAUUUACUCUUAUCAGUUGUUUUUAAGUUCACUGCAAAACUUUUUAGUGUUCAUGUCAUUACAAAUUAAAAUUUAAUUAAGUAGAAUGUGUCUUAUUUCAUGGGCAAUGUUUAAAUCACUUCUUUUCAUAUUGUAAAUAUGUUUUGAUUGAUCCAGAUAUAAUUUGUAUAACUGUAUGUUUUUCUUGUUGGAUCCAAUGAAGCUUUUUAUUUUAUAUUUCACCGGAGAGAGAAAGAAUAGGUAAUCAUACUUUUUUGCGGGUUUGCAUUAAUGCUUGCCGUUUUACAGGAAUGAUGAACAUUGUUGGUCUGCGCUUCUCCUGUUCUUCUUGUGCAAAAGCUUAUAAAUAUAGACGAGACCUGGUACGCCAUAUCCGGGUGGAAUGUGGGAAGGAUCCACAGUGCCAAUGCCCUUUCUGUGAUUAUCGCACUACAUAUCGUCAUGAUCUUCACAAACACUUGUUACGUCGUCAUGCUAUGGAAUUUGCAGCUUUGAAGAAUGCAGCAAGCUGACUUAUGCUCUGUUGCAGGGAGCAUAAUGCUGCCUUUUCGCUGCCCAUCCUGUUGGAAAGUUUACAAACAUCGACGUAACUUGGAUCGGCAUCUAAAAUUGGAGUGUGGCAAGGAUCCGAUGUGCUUGUGUCCAGAUUGUGAUUUUCGCACCAAGCACCGCCAUGUUUUACGCAGACAUUUAUGGUGCAAACACCAUAAAAUUGAAUAAAGACAUAGCUCAAAAUCAACUACAACAAUGCUAGGAUGUGCAAGUUGAAUUUCAAUGCUGGACUUAAUUAAUGUAGAAAUUUAAUUUUAAUUUCAAAUUUUAUGUGAUCUACAUUUUACAUAUCUCUCAUCACCAAAAUUACUUUUAAAUCUUACAAUUUUUUAACCUUGUGUUUGAUUAUUAGCGUGUUAAAAAAGCAAAAAAGAACACUCUUCAAUGAAUUUGUUUUGAUUAUUUGUAAGAAAUUCUAAAUGUGUCAGUGAAGGCAUAUGUUUCUUCAAAGAUGAAGAAUAGAAUUGCAACAAAUUUAUCUGGAAAAAGACUACCUUUAAAAUACCUUUAUAACCUAAAAAUUGAGAUAAUUAAAGAUCUUUUUUAUACUUAAAGAGAACUCAUAAUUACAAACCCUUAAUUUACUUAUUCAUUGGAUGCAAACUUGUAAGUAGUUCCCAGCAUGCCAUGAAUUCCAAGCUCUGUUGACAACAGGGCUGGUGUUGCAGGACGUUUCCGCUGCCAACGGUGUGGCAACAC